GACGUUUUCGUGCGUCGUUCGUGGCCAAUCGCAACAGCACACGAGCUCGAGGUUGAGAGUUUGCCACGUUCGACUUUUCCUGUCGCCGUCAUCAACUCUCCACGAGCCGAACCCAUCAUCUAUCAGUCAGUAGUGGUCUGAGCGUUGAUACCAAGGAAGGAACAAAGGCAACGGGUAGGCUAAGGAAACAUAUAGUCCGGAUUACAAUAUGCGAGUUCUAAAGUCGUUAAGUUUGGUGCUUUUGGUCGCCGGAUUGGCUCUGGUGGCCUCGGAUGCCGAAGUGAAGGAAGAGGAUGGCGUCCUGGUGCUGACCAAGGAUAACUUCCAGUCGGUGGUCGAAGGCAACGAAUUCGUCCUGGUUGAGUUCUAUGCUCCAUGGUGCGGACACUGCAAAGCCCUCGCCCCUGAAUACGCCAAGGCCGCCAAGGCUCUGGCUGAGAAGAACUCCAACAUCAAGCUCGGCAAGGUCGAUGCCACCGAAGAGCAGGAACUCUCCGAAAAGCAUGGAGUCCGUGGCUACCCGACGCUGAAAUUCUUCCGCAAUGGAACUCCCAUUGAGUACACUGGCGGUCGCGAAAAGGACACCAUCAUUUCCUGGUUGGAGAAGAAGACUGGCCCAGCUGCCAAGGAACUGGAAACCGUUGCCGAAGCCGAAGAAUUUCUGAAGGAACACAAUGUCGCCGUUGUCGGUUUCUUCAAGGACCGCGAAUCGGCUGAAUGCAAGGCUUUCCUGGCUACUGCCAAUGCCGUCGAUGACUAUCCAUUCGCCGUGACCUCCAGCGAAGAUGUGUACGCCAAAUACGAAGCCAAGUGCGGAUCCAUUGUUCUGUUCAAGCACUUCGAUGAUGGAAAGGCUGUCUUCGAUGGCGAAUACACCGAGGAAGCUCUGAAGAAGUUCGUUACCGCUCAGGCUCUGCCACUGAUUGUUGACUUCAGCCACGAAACCGCCCAGAAGAUCUUCGGAGGAGAAAUCAAGAACCAUCUGCUGUUCUUCAUCUCGAAGGAAGCUGGACACAUGGAGAAGUACAUUGAAGCCGCCAAGGAAGUCGCCAAGAAGUACCGCGAGAAGAUCCUGUUCGUCACCAUUGAUGCCGACCAAGAAGAUCACCAACGUAUCCUGGAAUUCUUCGGAAUGAAGAAGGAUGAGGUCCCAUCGAUGCGCAUCAUCCAUCUGGAAGAAGAUAUGGCCAAGUACAAGCCAGAAACCAAUGAUUUGGCUGCUGAUAAGGUUGAGCUGUUCGUUUCCAAGUUCUUCGAAGGCAAGAUUAAGCAGCACCUGCUGUCCCAGGAAGUCCCUGAAGACUGGGACAAGAACCCCGUCAAAGUUCUGGUCGCCGACAAGUUCGACGAAGUCGCCAUGGACUCAACCAAGGAUGUGCUGGUCGAAUUCUACGCCCCAUGGUGCGGACACUGCAAACAGCUGGUGCCAAUCUACGAUAAACUGGGAGAGAAAUUCGCCGAUCACGAGUCUAUCGUGAUUGCCAAGAUGGAUGCUACUGCCAACGAGCUGGAGCACACCAAGAUCAACUCGUUCCCAACGAUCUACCUGUACCGAAAGGGAGACAACCAGAAGGUCGAAUACCGAGGAGAGCGCACUCUGGAAGGAUUCGUCAACUUCCUGGAAGGAAAGUCCGAGGAACCCGAGGUCGAGGAAACCGAAGAGGACCAGAAGCCAGAGAAGGAUGAGCUGUAAAUUGCCUUUGAGCAGAGGAGUGUUAAUAGUAAGAGCUAAGAGCCAAACCACAUGAGACAAAACAACCCCAACGUCAUCGGAAUUCCAUCGUGUGGUUAACGGAACACGUCAGACACUUACCGAAACAAGUACAUACACACAAAUAUACACUCACACACCUGUAACAAAAUUCCAUAUAGCUCAGACAGAACAAAACAGAGAAUGUAAAAUUCCACCAUCCAGCAGGCAUUAUCGACAGGUAGACAGACAGUGUUGUAAAAUAGUCACGAUAGGGUCCCCGUUUUCCCCUUUUCAGAUAGGCGAAAGAAAGAAAAGUAGGAAGUUUAUCUUUUCAAGAGACUGUUUUUAUUUAAUAGUUUUGUGCGCUGUCAGGGGGAGUCUGAAUUGUGAGAAAAUAAUAUAUAAUAUGAAUUGAGAUCGACAAAAAAGGCGCAAAUUGUGUGAAAAAGCGAUAGAAGUUGAAGUUAAGGUAACAGAAUGCAUUUUUCAAAUGUUAUAUUAACAUUAAACAAAAUAAAAAUUAUGAAAGGAACACUAAACGAAUGUAGUAUCAAUUUUUUUCCGCUGUUUAACUAACAGACCUCUUCCAUGUUGUGGCAAAAGCUUGAUUGACAAAACCUGGGCUGAAUAACCGAAGCAUUUAGUCUGCUCUGCUAAAUGGGUUGCCAGCUCCAGUAAACUAGCAAUCUUCUGCGCGGGUUUCAGCACAAACUAGCGAUGCUUUAUUCCAUAGGAACCAUCAUAAUUCAAAUGUAACAAAGAACGCAGAGCAGAAAUUAAUCUGACAUCUACUCAACUUGUUAGGAAAUUGGCAAAUUCAUUUUCGCGGUAAAAUCUAACUGUCUUGGAAACAAUCGGUUGAAUGAAAUGAUAAUAAAGUGAUAGGAAAAUUGA